AAAUGUGAAGCGGUUUGAAACGAUAUGAACGAUGAAGGAACGAGCGACUCGUAUGAAGGGAAGAACAAAGAGCAAGACGUCUUUUCUCAUGGUCAACAAGGAAACCUUUCUCAAAGCGAAAUUUUUUGUAGUAUUUGUAUGGAGAAAUUUACAGAGUCUGGUAAUCACUACAUUUGUUGCUUGAGUUGUGGGCACAUCUUUGGGUAUAGUUGCAUAACAAAGUGGUUGAAGACCCGACUUAUUUGUCCAACUUGUAAUCAGAAAGCCAAAAAGAGGGACGUUCGAAGAAUUUAUCUACCUCAUACGUCAAUAGUUAUGCAAGACACUACGGCUCUAGAGGAAUUGAAGCAACAGUGGCAAAAAGAAAUAGAUAAUAAGGAACUGCUUUCUAACGAAUUAUGUAUUACGAAGAAUCAACUGAAACGUUUGGAGACUUCUUUCGCAUAUUUGACUCAGCGAUACUAUGAACUGACUCGUGAAUAUCAAACUCUAAGUCAAUCUGUACGUAACAGUGACUUUGUAACAAAGAAGAGUGUAGGGAAGUUUCCGUUGCAGUUAGUAAGAACUCUGUCUUUAAAGAAUUCGCGAACUUUUGUUUUUGGAAAAGGUACGAGUAUCUAUUCCGGUUACAAGGAAGAUUCUACGCACGAAUAUUUGCAGCAAGUGAGUUUCUGGAGUGAUCACAAAAGUGUAUCCAAGCACGCCAUUCAUGAGUCCAGUAUUCGUGACAUUAGGUAUUUGAAUCCUCAAAGUUCUGGUCUCCAUAGUUAUGGUUUGCUGCUCACUUGUUCAAACGACAAAACUCUCAAAAUAGUAUGUCCGCAGAAUAUGAAUGUAGUUCUUUCUUAUUCACUAGAGAAUGUGGGUUGGUGUUGUGACUGGUCAGCGAAUGGCCUUUACAUGGCAUGUGGAAUGAAGAAUGGCAAUGUAGUUAUUUAUGAUAUUCGAAAAACAGAUGGCUAUUUGGAUUCCACCAAACUAAGUAAUUGUAAAGGAAUUCAUUCUGUUUUUUGGUUGACUAGUACAUCAUUGAUAGCAGGUGGUAUGGAUGGAGUAUAUUAUGUAGAUAUGGCAACAAAUCGAAAUGGUAUUUACUAUCAAGAGAAUAUAUUGCAAUUGGACGAGAAGCAACAAGACAAACCGAUAUUUGCAACUUGCCUUGAAGAAAUGCCAUCCGAAGGAAAUCGAUCAAUGAAGUCGUUGAUUGUAUCUUAUCGUUCCAGCCGUUCACCUACUAGCCACGUUAUUUACAGUAGCAAUGUAGUUCGUCCUGGAAGCUCUGCCUGUUUAUUCAGUUAUCCUCAAAGAUUUACACAACUUGUUGGCGGUAAGAAUCAUUUAUUGCUGUCCCGAACCUUGGGAGUUUGUUGGAAGGACCGUCAUUACUUCUUCACUGCGGAUGAAAGUUUUCGAGGAAGUUCCCUAUUAUGGGAAUGGAAGUCUGAUAAUCACUCCUUACAAGUUAUUCCAGAAACGUUUCCAACUUGUCAUUCUUCUCCAAUCUAUGAUGUUCGUUGGAAUCGGGGUUUGAUAGAUGAUGUUCCUGAUCAAGCACUCAUGGGCACAUUAAGUAAAGAGGAGCUACACAUCUACAAAUGGUAAAGUCAAAUUUUAAGGUCAACACUGUGAAGGAAACCAGUUUCCUGCAAAGUGAAAACCAAAUUGGGAGACAAGAAAGCAACGUACAUUGUCUCUCGUUGUUAAUUGAAAUGUAUUGAAUUGAAAUCAUCAAAAAAUUUUGCCAAUAUUUUACUUAAUUCAUACGACUCUAUUGCAAUAAUAUGGUUUCUUCGUUGUUGUUCAUAAACUGAUGUUCUAAUGUUAUUAAUGUACUUAUAUAGGCGUGUCUUUUAGUUGGCCAACUUUUAAAAGGUUCAAUUUCUCAAUGGCUACAUUUUCCUAAAAUAUCUAUAAAGUUACAAGGACAUCACUUCUUGGAUGCAUAGCAAUGAGAUGAAGUGUUCCUAAUUAUCAAAUAAAUUUUAUCAUAAAAGUACGCAUUUGUGGGAUUAUUCAUGGGAUUAAAACUUUUGUUCUUCCAUCUUGAAUGUAACAUUUCUGUUGUUUCAUAUCGAGAAUGACCAUAGAGAAUGAAUGCAUCAAGGUCAUGAAUAAAGAGUGUAAAUGGACACGCUUCUCUACUGGUGGAUCGACAAGACUUGCUAUCUGAGUAGAUAGUCAUAAAUACCUUUGCUCUUUUCAACGAGAAACCCAUCAAGCUGUGAAAACAUCAAAUGGUCUAUCAAAGUAACUGGAACAAAUAUAAAAUGACUUUGCAUUCU